CAGCAGGUUGAAACGGCUGAUGACAUCACGGUUCCCGGGAGCGGAGGAGCUGGAGCCAGAGCCCGAGGGAGCCCGGGCUGCUGGGGGCUGCAGACAUGGAGGGCCAGAUCGGCAGUGGUAAUGGGAGGCCAGGGACCCGGGCUGGCCUGGGCUCCUUGCUUGUGCCUCAUGGGGUUUCUCAAACUGGAGCACCAUCCAAGGUGGUCUCAAGUUUUCAGCCCCCAGUGAAGAAUGCAGCCCCAGGACCCUUGGAACCAAGGUUGGCUCUGGCACCUGUGGGGCCACAAGCAGCAAUGUCACCUUCCUCAGAGGGGCCGAGGCUGGCUCUGGUAUCUCCCCAAACCAUCCUGUCUCCGCUCUCUACCCCUGGAGGACACAGGAGAGCUCCUGUCCACCGAAGCUCCAGCCAAGCUCCAAUAUGUGUGGGCCAGCUGGUGGUAUCUGCCUCCGCUGGACCCAAGCCUUCCCCAGCAGCCUCAGGCUCAGUCCUGGCUUCAGCAUCCCUAGGGCAGCUGGCGAUGUCUGCCUCCGCUGUGCCAAGGCCUGCCCCAGCCACCCUGGAGACCAGCGUGGCUCCAGCUUCUAGAGACAAGAAGCAGUUGUCACCCACCUCCAUGGGACCUAAGCCAGCCUUGGCAGUUUCAGGCCUGAGCCUGGCCCUGGCUUCUCAGGAGGAGCCCCUCCCGCCCUACUCCAGUUCUUCCCCAUUGCUGAGUCCCAUUCUGUCACCCUCUCAGGAGCACACCCUGAUUCCUUCAUCUAUGGCCUCAGCCCCCACACCUACAGGACAGACAACAGCUAGGCAGAAGGAUACCCCAGUCCCCAGACCUCUCCUCACUUCUGAGGGGCAUGUCCAGCCUCCAGCCCAGGCGUCCGGUCCUACAGUCUUCCCAUCCUUGGUCCAAACCUCCCCAGACCUCCGGUUCUCCCCCACAUUUCGAGCCCGACCUGAGGCUCCUCGCAACAGCCCUGAGGAUCCUGUCCUGCCACGGCCACCCCAGACCCUGCCCUUGGAUGUGGGCCAGAGCCCUCCAGAGCCUGGCACCCGUUCCCCUGGACUUUUGUCCCCUACCUUUCGGCCAGGGACCUCCUCAGGCCAGACAGUGCCCCCAGCCCUGCCCAAGCCACCUCGAUCUCCCAGCCGCUCCCCCAGCCGCUCCCCCAACCGCUCCCCCAACCGCCCUCCCUGUGUCCCGUCAGCCCCUGAGAUGGCCGUUCCCAGGCCUGGCACCCAAAGUGCAGAGCCUGGCACUCAGGGUGUGGGACCUGACUCCGAGAGCACAGGGCCUGUCACCCAGGGUACAGGGCCUGGCUUCCAAGGUGCAGUGCCCGGCAGGGGCCUGAGCCCCAGCCUUCAAGCCCGAGGAACUCCAGCCCCAGUGGCCACUUCUCUUUCCACACCCACUUCACCGUCCUCCUCUUGGUCAGCUCAGCCUACCUGCAAGAGCGACGCUGGAUUCCGGGUCACUGUGGUCACAUGGAACGUGGGCACCGCCAUGCCUCCAGAUGAUGUCACGUCCCUCCUCCACCUGGGUGGUGGCGAUGGCAGUGACAGCGCAGACAUGAUCGCCAUAGGGUUGCAGGAAGUGAAUUCCAUGAUCAACAAGCGACUCAAGGACGCUCUCUUCACGGACCAGUGGAGCGAGCUAUUCAUGGACGCCCUGGGGCCUUUUAAUUUCGUGCUGGUGAGUACCGUCAGGAUGCAAGGCGUCAUCCUCCUGCUGUUCGCCAAGUACUACCACCUGCCCUUCCUGCGGGACGUGCAGACUGACUGCACACGAACUGGCCUGGGUGGCUACUGGGGUAACAAGGGUGGAGUGAGUGUGCGCCUGGCGGCUUUUGGGCACAUGCUCUGCUUCCUCAACUGCCACCUGCCUGCACAUAUGGACAAAGCGGAGCAGCGCAAGGACAAUUUUCAAACUAUCCUGAGUCUCCAGCAAUUCCAGGGACCCGGUGCACAAGGCAUCCUGGAUCACGACCUUGUAUUCUGGUUCGGAGACCUGAACUUCCGGAUUGAUAGUUACGACCUGCACUAUGUCAAGUUUGCUAUCGACAGCGACCAGCUCCAUCAACUCUGGGAGAAAGACCAGCUCAACAUAGCCAAGAACACUUGGCCCAUCUUGAAGGGCUUCGAGGAGGGGCCCCUUCAUUUUGCCCCCACCUUCAAGUUUGAUGUGGGUACCAACAAAUAUGAUACCAGCGCCAAGAAGCGCAAGCCAGCCUGGACGGACCGGAUCCUGUGGAAGGUCAAGGCUCCGGGCGGAGGUCCUAGCCCCUCAGGACGCGAGAGCCACCGGCUCCAGGUGACCCAGCACAGCUACCGCAGCCACAUGGAGUACACAGUCAGUGACCACAAGCCUGUGGCCGCUCAGUUCCUUCUGCGGUUUGCCUUCAGGGACGAUGUGCCACUGGUACGGCUGGAGGUGGCAGAUGAGUGGGUGCGGCCAGAGCAGGCUGUGGUGAGGUAUCGCAUGGAAACAGUGUUUGCCCGCAGCUCCUGGGACUGGAUCGGCUUGUACCGGGUGGGUUUCCGCCACUGCAAGGAUUAUGUGGCCUAUGUUUGGGCCAAACAUGAAGAUGUGGACGGGAAUAUCUACCAGGUGACAUUCAGUGAGGAAUCACUACCCAAGGGCCAUGGAGACUUCAUCCUGGGCUAUUACAGCCACAACCUCAGCAUCCUCAUUGGUGUCACAGAACCCUUCCAGAUCUCGCUGCCUACCUCGGAGUCGGCCAGCAGCAGCACAGACAGCUCAGGCACCUCCUCGGAGGGUGAGGACGACAGCACUCUGGAGCUGCUCGCACCCAAGUCCCGCAGCCCCAGUCCUGGCAAGUCCAAGCGACACCGUAGCCGCAGCCCAGGACUGGCCCGUUUCCCCAGUUUUGCCCUCCGACCCUCAUCCCGUGAGCGCCGUGGUGCCAGCCGUAGCCCCUCGCCCCAGAGUCGCCGGGUACCCUGUGUGGCCCCAGACAGGAGCAAUGGCAGCAGCAGCCGAGGCAGUAGUGAGGAAGGGCCCUCUGGGCUGCCUGGGCCCUGGGCCUCCCCAUCACCUGUGCCUCGAAGCCUGGGCCUGCUGCCUGCCUUGCGCCUCGAGACCGUAGAUCCUGGUGGUGGCGGCCCCUGGGGACCUGAUCAGGAGGCCCCUGACCCUGACAGCCUGUCUCCCAGCCCCCAGGGCAGGCAGGGGCUAGCGGAAGGAGGCCUGGGGCCCUGAGGGUAAAGUGGGCAGAUGGGCCUAGGUGGCUCCACAGUGCCUGCAUCUUCCAUUAGCCCACUUGCCUCUCUCCUGCUGCCACUCCAGCUGUAUGCACACCUGCCACUCUGUCCUGGCCAGGGGCGGCUAGUUGGAGUUUCCCAAAACUCAGUCUUGGCACCUCAACUGUGACAAUCAGCAGAGCCCCUCCUGGGCCCCCAUCUGGGAUGGUAGGGGAGGAAUUAAAUUCUCCAGCUUUAC